GAAUACCUGGGCUCCCAGGCCACUGUCCUUAACUCUCAUCUAGAUUUCUGAAGCCUCUACACAUGUAGUUCCUGGAGCUAUCUUAUGAAAAUGUCAACACCUUCACCUUCAUUUUCUACCUGGGACUACCUCUUAAAUUCUUUCUCUCUGAGAACGAUAUGGAAUUGGCUACAAGCAACUUUUCUGGGAGAGACUAAUGCACCUCAACAAACAAAUUUGGGACGGCUAGAUAAUCUUGCUCGAGCUGUGCAAGUCAUCCUGGGGAUUUCCUUUUUGAUUUUGUUGGGAAUAGGAUUAUAUGCCUUAUGGAAACGAAGUGUUCGGUCACUUCAGAAAACAUUGUUGUUUCUAAUCACACUCUACAAAUUUUACCAGAAGGGCUCAGAAAUUUUUCAGGCUUUGCUGGCCAGCCCAGAAGGGAGUGGUUUCCAAAUGCAAGACGGUAAUUUCUUCCUGUCCUUGGGUCUGCAAGAGAAAAUUCUGAAAAAACUUCAGACAGUAGAAAACAAAGUGAAGGACCUGGAGGGGAUGAUCAUUGCCCAAAAACCUGCCACAAAAAGGGAUUGCUCCUCUGAGCCCUACUGCAGCUGCUCCGACUGCCAGAGCCCCUUGCCCACGUCAGGGUUUACUUCCACAUCUGAAAUGUGAUGGACUACAAUCUUUUCCAAAAAAGCACUGUUUCCCUCAUGUGUGCAAUGCUGUAUCAAUAAAGACAGAGAAC